CAUUUGUUGUGGGGAAAGAGGUAGACAACUACUUUUAUUAGCUUUUACCCCUCCUCCAGUUCAAAUUAAAUGUAUAAAGUAGAAUACAGCUGGGGCCUGAAUAAACUAUACCAUUUGGGUUAAAGAUGGCAUCGCCCAUCAAUGAACUUUAAAGGAUCAUUAGGGACUGACAAGUGAAAGGGACACAUUGAAUCUGAAGCUAUGAAAACCAUUAUUGCUGCAUACUCCAAAAACCUGAAAGGCAGCAGGCUGACUCUGCGGUCUUCAUUUCAAUCUCUUUCUGCUGCUUCUGCCUUCAUACAACACCAUUUUCGUACUUGUUUGCAACUACUGUCUGUUCUGCAAUGGAUAUUUUCCUUUCUAGUGAUGGGCCUGCUGUUCCUCGUUAUCUUCACAUAUCUUUUCUUUACACAACUGUGGUUGGUCUCUGCCCUGUACAUGAGCUGGCUCUUGAUAGACUGGGAAACACCUGAGAAAGGGGGUCGUCGCAGUCUGUGGGUGCGAAAUUGGUCUGUUUGGAACUAUUUUCGAGAUUACUUUCCCAUACAGCUGGUAAAGACUCAUAACCUCCCUCCUGGACGUAAUUACAUUAUUGGCUCGCAUCCACAUGGCAUCCUGUGCAUUGGGGCAUUCUGUAAUUUUGUCACAGAGUCUACUGGCUUCUCUCAGAAAUUCCCUGGAAUCCGUCCAUACUUGGCGACGUUGGCAGGAAACUUUCGAUUGCCUGUACUACGCGAGUACAUGAUGAGUGGAGGGCUCUGUCCAGUAAAUCGAAAGUCUAUCGGUUACGUGCUGUCAAAGAGCGGCCGUGGCAAUGCAGUGGUGAUUGUAGUCGGAGGAGCAGCCGAGUCCUUAUCCUGCCAGCCGGGAGUCACCACCCUGAUUCUGAGCAGGAGACAAGGCUUUGUGAGACUGGCACUGGAGAACGGGACAGACCUGGUUCCCUCGUUUUCAUUUGGGGAGACUGAUCUAUACCAGCAGGUACAUUUCCCAGAGGGCAGUAUACUCCGAGCAGCUCAGUGCAAGUUCCAGAAACUGUUUGGCUUUGCUCCUUGUUUCUUCUACGGUCGUGGCUUAACUUCCUGCCAAUCCAAGGGUUUUAUCCCAUACUCUCGUCCAGUCACCACUGUUAUUGGAGAGCCAGUCACUGUACCUCAGAUCAAGGACCCAAGCCCGCAGAUAGUGGACCAAUACCAUGAAAUGUAUAAGCGCUCUCUCCUAAAACUGUUCCAUGAGUACAAGACCAAGUACGGUCUGGGAGAGGCUGCCGAGCUUCGGAUCCUUUGAAAAUUCAACAAGGUGCUUAAUUAAGGAAAAGGCAUUGUGUAGCAGGUGGGCCGU